GAGAGACUCCGGCGUGUUUUGUGAGCGCGAGAAAAAGUGUAGGAAGUGAGUCAACUUCCGAGUGGUGAGACUCAGACAUUAGGGUUUGAUAAUUGCGAAAUGUCUCUGAAAGCGUCGUAUUCAUCAGAUAGUCUAAUACUUCCGGUAUCGGAUCCUCCGAACGAGGAGGACCGAGAGAGGCUUUUAAAGGAUAAUGAUAAGAUCUUCAGAGCUUCCGCCAUCACCAAACGUGGGGCAUACGCUGCUAUUGCUUACAUGUCCUGUGCAGGUUCAACUCACUCUUGUUAUCCAAUUUUAGAAAUCUUAGGUUCAUCUUUAUCGUCAAAUUUGCUCUUGGUGAUGUUCAAUAAGGCGGCUCUUUCAUCUUAUGACUUCCCAUCUGCAAAUGUCAUCACACUUCUUCAGAUGGCAUGUUCGUGUUGUUUUCUCUGUAUAUUAAGGCGCUGGAGGAUAAUUUCUUUCACAGCUGGUGAGUCAGUAAUUAUAGGAGAUAACUCGACAAAAUUUGUCCCAUUGAAGACUUUGAAGCACACUCUUCCUUUGGCCGGAGCAUAUUUACUUUAUAUGCUAGUCACCAUGGAGUCUGUGCGUGGAGUAAAUGUUCCAAUGUAUACCACCCUUAGGAGGACCACAGUGGUAUUUACAAUGCUUGUAGAGUAUAUGCUGAUGGGGCAGAGGUAUACACCUCAUGUCAUUUUCAGUGUUGGCUUGAUUGUCUUUGGCGCAUUUAUAGCCGGAGUGCGGGACUUCUCUUUUGAUGCCUAUGGCUAUGCCAUUGUUUUCCUGUCAAAUAUCACCACAGCUAUAUAUCUUGCAACCAUAGCCCGUGUUGGCAAAACUAGUGGUCUUAAUACCUUUGGCCUUAUGUGGUGCAAUGGUAUCAUAUGUGGACCACUUUUGCUUAUUUGGACAUUAGUUUGGGGUGACUUGAAGAUGACAAUCAAUUUUCCUUAUCUUCUUUCACCUGGUUUUAUUGUUAUUUUGCUGUUUUCCUGCAUCCUCGCUUUCUUCCUGAAUUACAGUAUUUUUCUGAAUACAACUCUGAAUUCAGCUCUGACUCAAACAAUUUGUGGUAAUCUGAAGGAUGUAUUUACUAUUGGCUUUGGCUGGAUAAUAUUUGGUGGGCUACCGUUUGAUUUUUGGAAUGUAGCAGGGCAAUUUCUCGGUUUUGUGGGCUCUGGUUUAUAUGCCUACUAUAAGCUCAUUGGCAAAUAACUUGCCCUAGUUUUUCCGUUGAUGUCUUGAUGAAUUGGGGACUGCCAUAUGCUUCGGCCGUCUGAUCUUCACUAAAUCCCUCUAAAAGGAAAAGAAUCUGAAUCGACCUUGGGUCUGUCGAACAUGCGAUCUAGCUAAUCUAAUUUAUUAGGAGAUUUUGCUGAGUUAGAACUUGAGAUUUUCUACAUUUUCUGGGGAUCGAAACAAUUCAUGCUUUGAUGGGCUUUAUUGUAUUCAAACAGCCUUUGAUCUAUGAAUGAGUUCACCCUUUGUAUCUGAUGAGUCCUUUGCAUCCCAUUCUUUGUAUUGAACUUUUUACAAGAUCUCUAUUUUAGUAGGUAGGAAGAGAAAUUUAU